UUUUCAAAUUUCUGGGGAUUCAUAAUUCGUUGUUGCGUAAUCUCCACAGCCAUUCACUAAAUUCGUGGCCCCCAUCGAAAUUAUCUCAGAUUCUUCUCAUAUAUCCACAUUCGUUUUUCUCCCUAUUAUACCAACAAUUGAACUCCUAAGACUUGAUCCUGUGAAGUAAAAUUUCCUUUUCUGAUAAAGCAGUCAAUUUCUUGUGUUGCUGAUGAGAGUGUGUAGACCCUUUUAAGGUUGAAGCUCUUGAUUCAACUAUGUUGACAGUUACCUUUAACAUUUGCCAAACACCUGUGGACUUGAAUGUGCUUCAAGAGACUACUAACUCCAAAUCCAUACAUAUAAUGCCCUUGUUUCAUACUUGCAAUUCCAAGUUUCACCGGUCGAACUGGUCUUGUCCUCAAAAUUUCAGUAAUCAACUCAAACUACACAGUUUCUCCCACCAAAUCACUUCAAGAAGGUGGCUGGUGUGCCGUUCUCAAGAUUCUAUUUCUCCAGAAAAUGAGUAUCGUUCGUCACGUAAUAUAGCAAUCAGUUUGUUGAGGCGGUACAGGAAUUAUGUAGAGCGUGGAGGAGGUGACAACUUGAAAGAGUUCAUCAGCGCUGGUGUUAACGCAUACGAAUUGGGAUGCACGGACGAGGGCUUGAGGGAAGAGCUGACUGAUAUGAAGGAAUCCGGUAUUGAGAUUGAGGCAAUGCAAACCUAUGGUGGAAAUACUGGUCUAAGGUCUAAUAUUAUCUCCCAGGAAGUGGAUGAAUGUAUAAUGUGGCUGAGCAUUGUGUUCAUAACUAUUCUUUGCACACCACAACCAACUGUAGUCAGAUGGUCAUCCAGUCCUCCGGUGUCGGAAGAAAUGCUGAUCUCUUGGAAAGGCUUCUGUGCAAUUAUUGCAAAUGCCUACUACAUGAGAGGAAUGGCCUGGCUCCCAGUGAAAACUCUUCAGUUGGAGCAAAUGGCAGUGAUGGGCUGCGCUGAAGAGCCAUCGCUCGUAGCCAGCAGAAUGAGACUAGUAUUUAGCACACUUGAGGUUGUGAGUCCACAGUGGCCAAGAGUGUGAAGAGAGUUUCUCAUGUAUAAUAAUGUCAACAGGUAGCUAUUGAGACAUUUUAGCAACAAAUAAUACAAGCUUAGAAAAUGCAUCUUGCCCGGUGAAGAUACACAAGAAUAAAUGUGCUGAAAUGAUUGUGUUUAAUCAAAUCCUUGCCUCCUAAAAAAGAAUACAAAAUUGAAUUACAGCUUUA